UUUAUUUAGGAUGUCUUCACUCAACGGAUGAGCCUGAAACAUUUUGCAUAAGAGGUGUUAGGACAUGUUAAAGUGUAGUUGCUAAAUGUUUGGCUUGAGUAGCCCAGAAUAGCAGGAUGAGGUGAUUAGGUGAAAGGUUUAUAGUGUCGAUGAGCUAUAAUGUUCUUACAGCGUGUCACCUAAAAGUCUAACUUUGUCAUUUGUUUCUAAAGAUAACUGGAACAUACAGCAGUAUGUCGUUAGGGUGGUCACUUAUAUUAUUUAUCAUGAUAACUUUCUUGUCAUAAGGAUUUAGAUUGAUUGUUGUCACACUAAAUUCCAAUUAAUGUUUAAAACCCCGCUAAACCGUCAGUAUUAACGACCACUGUUUGUUCAAUGAAAGUGUCAGUAAAUUUUAAGAUACAGUAACAGCGCAACAAAUCACACCUCUUCAUACAUUACAAAUGAGCAUUAUUUGUCGGCUAAGACGUAACAAAUAGUUCUUAUCGUCACUUUUAACAUUAUCACAAUGCUACUGCAAAAUACUGUGAUUAAAACUUUAAGUCCAUAUUGAACCACCCCUUCUGUGUUUCCUUAAGAUUUUUUUUCCACAACUUCUCAAGUCAGACGGCCACUUCACAUUUCAACUUGCAGGGAAUGUGCUGCUUUCAUAUAGCAACUCAGGACAGUCAUUGAUAAAGAAGGCUGUCCGCUCCUCUUCCUCCCUAAUAGAGAAAUCUGUGCUGUUCCGGCUCACAAAAACACUAAAAAUAGGUAUGACAGGUGUGAUAGUUUAUUUUAAUCAGGCAAUCUUAAUACUGAGCUUUGAAAAAAUGCUUUGAUUGGAUCCUUUUCUGAUUACUGCAGGGUUUCUAGGCAGUCUGAAAAAGAAUGUUAAACUUUAGAAAUUAUAUUCAAGUAUUUUCCUGCAGGUGUGAUGAAUUGGAAAAGGUUUGAAGAGACGAUCAUAUUGUUUUAAGCCAGGUCAGCAUGAAGUCGUAACUGCCUGUCCAGUCAGACAUACUGUUUGUCCUUUUUGUCUCACAGUUCGCAGGUAUCUCCUCAGCGGUAGGCCAUACAGCUUUUACUCCCUAACAAGUUAUCUUCCAUACAUCAUCAAUAAUCACAUUAUCAUAAUUGUAUUCAAAAACCCUAAUAAAACCACUGACUCAGUGUAUUAACCUACAAAGUGAGGUUCUUUUUCUGGAGCAAAAAGCACUGCUGUAUGCUUGGAUGCAGCUGGAAAGAAAAAAAGUUGGCAUAUCGCAAUGUUUUAGUGGAAAUUAAGAUGAGAACGUUUUAGGUUGAGCAGGAGAUGAGCUCACAUUCCUACUUGAUAAUCACAACUUCAUCUGAAUUCUGCUGUGCCAUUGUGUUCUUGAAAUAAUGCUUGAAAAAAAUUGUAUAAUACCAGAGGAGAGAAUAUUGUUGCGCUACUUGUAUGUAAUUAAUCUGUUUAUGUGUUUGUAAAAAGAGCUACAGGCCUACGAAAGACCAUGAUGGAACGACUCCUCCCCAUUUCACACCUUUAGCCAGUCACGUUCCUAUUCAACAAAAGCAUUGCAUGAAGGAUGGCUUCAUUGGGAUAAACAAGAAUACAGUAUAAUCCUGGUCCUCUCUCCCCUCUGCUUGAUCUCAGCAGUGUAAGCUGCACACGGGCCGAUCUGAACUUCUCUAACAUGAUUAAGCAGCAGUGGGUGGAAGUACACAGCCUCCGUUUUUGGUUGAAAGAGACUGUCCAUGUAGCCUUAAGGCCUUCUGUGAGUUUUGGUAAAAGUUUUGCCUAAAAAGUGCUUCAAACCUUAAAAAUUAAUUUUUGAAAAAAACCCAGAAAGGUCUCCAUGAUUUAAAAAUAGAAAAAAAAGCAGGCCAUCUGCCUCUUAGUAUAGUGAAGCAGAAGGGAUUAAAUCCAGAUUAUGGCAGACUGUGUGUGUGUGUUGGCGUGCGCAUGUAUGUGUCUGUUGCUUGUCAUCAGUGUGUCCUUGACUCUGUAGGCAAGCAGGAGGUUAGCUAGGGAGCUACCACUGGAUUGGAAAGCUACAGGAAGCGAAAGCGAAGCACCAGGAGAACCGUUUACUUUUUCAGUCCACGAAAACAUCCCCCUCCUUGGAGAGUAAACACUCGGAAGAACUCGUGAUGGCUUUUUUGAUCAAGAGCAUGAUUGGGAACCCCCUGUCAGGAAUUGGUCUUGGUGGUGGAGGCGACAAAGAGGAGGAGGCCACUCCGUCAGAUCCUGCAAAAGCAGCUGGGAUGACACGCGAGGAGUAUGAAGAGUACCAAAAACAGUUGGUAGAGGAGAAGAUGGAGAGGGAUGCAGAUUUCUUACACAAAAAGGCAGAGCGGGCAACGCUCAGAGUGUGUCUCAGGGACAAAUACAGACUGCCAAAGAGCGAGCAGGACGAGAACAUGAUAGAGAUGGCCGGGGACGACGUGGACGUGCCCGAGGAGCUGCUCAAGAUGGUGGACGAGGACGCCACGGAGGAGGAGGGCAAGGACUCCCUAAUGGGCCAGUUUCAAAACCUGCAGAACAUGGACAUGGACCAGUUGAAGGAAAAAGCCUCUGCCACGGUGACCGAGCUGAAGAGCAAAGCAGAGGAGAAGUGCUCUGUCAUGUGAACAGCCAAGGGUGGCGAAAGCAAAUGGCGGAAAGACCGGGGGGAUUGUUAAGAUAAUAAUUUAACAUAUGGGUUGGAAUAAACCAAGUUGUGAGUCUGAGGUUCUAUACAUUUGUUGAGAAUAAGCCCUCUCUCAUGUUAUGUCACAUUAUUUGAUUCAAAUCAUAACAAGAAAUUAUAUUAAAGCCAUCAGAAAAAUCUGCUAUAAAGUUUUCCUUUUAUAGUUUUUUUUUUUGCACACAAAUUUGCAGUACAUUAUAUUGUGUCAAUGGUGCCCAAUCCUUCCACUCUUACUGUUCAGUGUUGUCAUGAAAUGAGACAGGUUAGUCUCUAUAUAUGUGUGUGUGUGUGUGUUUUUUCAUUAAAAAAGAAAGUCAAGGUAAUCCAAGAUGUGCUGAUAGAAAACCAAUCCUUCCUGAGUUAUGCAACUUUCCUCUCAGUUUUAUUGUUUUUUUUUUGUUUUCCUUUCUUUUAUUUUUGUUUCUGCUGUAUAAAUGUUUGAUAUAUUUAGUCACCACCUUUGGUGUUGCACGAAAGCAUGUGAUUUUCAGGUGUUACAAUGAUUUCAGCUGGAUUAAGUCUUUGCAGAAACAUUUGCAGAUUUGCACAAACUUACUUUAUAAAUACAUAAAUCAUGAAGGCGACAGGUGUGUGUUUUUGAAAUGCUUGAAUGCAUGUAAAUUGUGAGAAGGUAAAUUUGUUGUUCAAAUAAAAAUGCAUAUUAAACACAA